GAGUAUAAUGGAAAAGAAAGAGAGAGAGAGAGAGAGCUCAAAAUUUUCGCUUCCACAGCAUACAUAUAAUCUUGGAUCUUUUUUGCAAGAGAGGAAGAUGAGAGAGAGAGAGAGAGAGGGAGAGGGAGAGAUGAUAAUGAAAAAAGAGGCAAGGCAAUCGUGAAGAGAAUGAAAGAUGAAAAGAGAGCAACUUUUAUUUUCUCUUUUCUCCAACCAAUAGUGAAACAAUUUAUCAAUGGACGAAAAAUUUAUUGACUAAAAAAGAAAAAAAAGUUACCCAAAAAUUGCGAAAAUCGUUAAUUAUCGUUAGGGUCAAGUGUCCAUUCUUAACUCUCGUUAAAACCUCUCACUUUCUCGUCACUCAAUUAAAAUGACUAAACUCAAUUGCGAACAAUUAACUUAUCAGUUUACAAAUGAGUCUAAUGUUUUAUUGCCUUUUCGAAGUCUCUUGUUAUUAGAAGGGAACAAAAGUUAUCGAAUUGACAGUAAAACUUUUUACUCUUUUUCUCUUUUCUCGAAUAACCAAAACACCGAAAAAGAAUAGAGAGAGAGAGAAAAAAAAGAGAAAAGAGAAAAUGAAUUCUCUCAAUAUCUUAAUUAAUUCAAUUGUGAUAUUAGAAUAAAGAAAAUUACAUGAUAAAAAUUUUCUUCUUUUUCAUUUUAAUUUAUAUGUUUACCUCUUUGAACUCCUUUCGCCUCUUUCAUCUCUGUCUACUUUUCUCUUUCAUUUGUUUCUUCCUUUCUGGUUGGCUUAUUUUCCGUCACAUGUUAGCCGAAAGAGGCUGCGCAAUGAUGUAACCUUGUCUUUCUUUUAAAUAGAAAGAGAAAAAGAAAGAGAAAAAACACAAGAAAAAGCAAAAAGAAAGACGAAAGAGAGACUCUCUUAAUGGGUGGAGUUAAUGGCUGGUAGAGUGUGGAUAAUGUGAGUAGUGUGUGUGUGUGUAUGUUGAUGAGAGAGAAGUAAAAUGUUAUGAUGAUAAAGGGAGAGUAGAGAGAGAGAUUUGUGAAGAUAGAGAGAGAGAGAAAAGAGGGAGAGAGAGAGAGUAACUUUUUUUCGAAAAAAUUAUUUUCUUUACCAACCAAUUGAGAGCAAUAUUAAUGACCAUGAGUUCAUUUUUGAUGAAUUGUAACCCAGCGGCUUAUACCACUGCUGCCGAUGUGGCCGCCGCUGCGAGUGGAUAUUCAAAUUAUUAUGAUGCUCCGAUCGGAUCCACCGUAGGAACCUCAAGCGUUCAUGGAGGUGGUACUGGCGGUGGCAGUUCUAGUGCUAAUAUUAGUUAUCCAACUAACAGUGUUAUCGGAAUCCAUGGUUCAUCAAAUGAUAAUAAUAAUGGUAAUCUAACCGACGAUCAAUUUGAUCAAUUAACUGAUUCUCAUCAUCCUCAUCAUUCGCAUCUUCCUCUUCAUCAUCCUGCUCAUCAUUCACAUCACUCAUCUCAUCAUCACCAAACUUCACCAAUUCCUGGGUAUCCAUUUGACCCUUCUAAUCACAAUGUAUCUCAUCAUCCUCAUCAUUCAUCUCAUCAACAUUCCUUUGGUUUAACUCCUCAUCCUCAUCAUCAACCUUAUUAUGGAUCCCAAGGUGUUCCAAUGGGUGCUAAUGUUGCAUCAUCGGUGGCACCAUCACCUGUUGGUAGCCAUCCGGGAAUAAUUAAUCAUCCUCAUCAUCCAUCAGUUAAUCAAUCUGAUCUCUUUGCCCAUCACAACUUUAACCAUCAUCACAACAGUUACCCUUCACCUUCACCAGGAUUUUUAAAAAGAUCACCUUCACCUUCAUCCUCAUCUCAACAUCAACACCAACAACAACCAUCACAACUUCAACCUCAACAACAAUUAGAUUCAAAAAGUAAUUUAAUAGACUGUAAAUCUAUUAAUAGUGAUCCACCUUCUCCACCGGACUGUGCAAUCUCAGCCAACAGUGAAACCAAUUCAGAGACUUCGGGAUCAGGUCAACCUGUAAUCUAUCCUUGGAUGAAAAAAGCGCAUAUCAAUCAAGGUAAAGAUAUUGCGAAGGAUAAUUUAUUUUGUAAUGUUCAAAAUGGAACCAAUGUAACUGGGUUGGAAUCUAAAAGACAGCGAACAGCUUAUACUCGUCACCAGAUAUUAGAACUGGAGAAAGAAUUUCAUUAUAAUCGUUAUUUAACUCGUCGUCGUCGAAUUGAAAUUGCUCAUUCACUAUUACUCAGUGAGAGACAGAUAAAGAUCUGGUUUCAGAAUCGACGGAUGAAGUGGAAAAAAGACAAUAAACUGCCCAAUACAAAAAAUGUGAAGAAAAAAAGUCAAACAAACAACAACAACUCCAACAACACCAACAAUUCAACAAACAAUACAAACUCUACCACUAAUAACAUCAACAACAACUCCAACAUCAACAUCAACAACAGCAAUAAUACCAAUGAUUCACUAAAUAACAAAAUCUAGCAUAAUAUAUAAUAUAAAUUAUAACAUAACGAAAAAAAAAACACUCAAAAAAAAGACACAAUAUUAAAACACUUACAUAUAAAUACACAAA